UUAUGAAAUAAACAAAAUGCAACGAGGCAUUGGCCUAAUGGCGGACUUGAAGUAGAAUGGUACAUAAUCUAGCAUAGCGUAGCGAACCAAUGAAUUGCCAUAAUGUGGAACGAUUUAUCAAUGGCAUUGGCCUUCUAAGAACGUGAACAGUAAAAGCAAUGCAGCAACUAACUGUCAAUUCUUUGAUUAAUUUCCUACGCACGUCAGCGUUAGUGAUAUUUUAUUACACGUUCUCGAUAUCGCUCACGUUUUACAACAAAUGGAUGAUGAAGUCCUUCAAGUUUCCACUGUUUAUAUCUGUUGUGCAUUACCUUGUGGUUUUCAUCUUGGCAUCACUUUUCCGGUAUGCAUCAAUAGUACUUUGGAAGAAGAAAAGGACUGUUAUUGGCUGGCAUGACUACAUUAGGAAAAUUUUCCCUCCAGCCAUAGCAAGCUCCCUAGACAUUGGCUUGUCAAACUGGAGUUUUAUGUUCAUCACUGUUUCAUUGUACACAAUGUCAAAAUCUUCAUCUAUCAUUUUUAUCCUGUUUUUCUCAUUGCUUUUCAAGCUGGAAAAAAUGCGUCCAGCAUUGAUCAUUGUGGUGGGCCUUAUUGCUGGUGGACUUCUUAUGUUUACUUAUGAAUCAACACAAUUCAAUGCAUUUGGAUUUUUUAUUGCACUGACAGCUUCUGCAGUAAGUGGCAUUAGAUGGACAACAGUGCAGCUCUUAAUGCAAAAAGAAGCUUUAGGCCUACACAGUCCCAUUGACACAAUUUUCCAUCUACAACCAGUAAUGGCACUAAGCCUUCUUCCUUUGUUCUUUGUUAUAGAAGGUCCAAGCAUCGCAGUUUCAAAGCAACUAUGGCGGGCGCCAUCAUGGCAUAUUGCUGGAAUAUCAUUAUUAAAAGUGUUUCUAGGCGCUUGCCUUGCAUUUAUGCUGAGUGUCUCAGAGUAUCUAUUGGUGUCAAAUACAUCUGGCCUUGCUCUUGCUAUUGCUGGGAUCUUUAAGGAAAUUUGUACUUUGACGAUUGCAACCGAAUUUGGAGGCGAUCAGCUAAAUGUAUUGAAUUUCAUUGGAUUAGUUAUCUGUAUGUCGGGUAUUGGUGUACAUGUUUAUUUCAAAGCUCUUAAAGAUUCAAAACAUGGUUGUGUUUGCAAAGGGACAUGGGCUGCUGAACAAAUCAGCAGUACAUUUUCUUUAUGUUUCUCUCUGAUUUGCGUUAAAUCUCCAUCGUAUUUAUCAGGUCCAAGCAUCGCAGUUUCAAAGCAACUAUGGCGGGCGCCAUCAUGGCAUAUUGCUGGAAUAUCAUUAUUAAAAGUGUUUCUAGGCGCUUGCCUUGCAUUUAUGCUGAGUGUCUCAGAGUAUCUAUUGGUGUCAAAUACAUCUGGCCUUGCUCUUGCUAUUGCUGGGAUCUUUAAGGAAAUUUGUACUUUGACGAUUGCAACCGAAUUUGGAGGCGAUCAGCUAAAUGUAUUGAAUUUCAUUGGAUUAGUUAUUUGUAUGUCGGGUAUUGGUGUACAUGUUUAUUUCAAAGCUCUUAAAGAGCCUAAAGUGGGAGAAGAUGGAAAUAUUUUGAAGAAUGGAAAUGACAGCUUAUCUUCUAGAAAUGUUGAGUAUUUACCCAUGCUAGAAAGCAAUUUUGAUGAAUUUUCAGACGAUGAUGAUGAUGUUGUUUUUGAGAGUACUUAUAGCUAAUAAAGUAAUUUAUAAAUUUAUUUUCUUGGAAACAAGGAUAUGGUGAAAUGAUAGAGUUUUGUAAUAUCUAUAAAAUUGUAUUUGAUAACAGACAGUUUUUUAUUGAAUGUUCUGUGUAAUUGAAAACUAUCUUUGUAAUUGUGACAUAUUUUUUGCCAAAGCUAAUUUUAAAUAACAUGCACUAUAAAGGAAAUAUAUAUGUAUACAUAUUCUAAAUAUAUAUUAUGUUAUUGGGGGUCAGUUUUCAUGGGCUAUAUAAAAUAAAUUUGAAAGGGUUUGGAA